CGCACCUCCGCGCCCCGGGCGGCUCCGUGCCCGCCGCCCCCGGCGCCUCUCCCGGAGCGGGCUCUGCGGAGGGCACAGACGGCGGCGGGAUCUGAGGCACCUCGCAGGGACAUGCCGGCGGAGCGCGCCCGGAGAUUGUACCUUCAGUAAAGCUCUGUGGAAGAUAGAUGUGUGUGCUGCAAUGGUGACAUAAAUAUUUCAGAGGACUGGAACAAGUUGUUGAGAAUCUGUGUUUGUUUUUCAUGCUGCUGUUGAGAGCUAUCUAAGGCAAGUAAACACCAUGAGUUUUAUCCUGAAACUUCACAGACAUUUUCAAAGAACAGUAAUUUUGCUGGCCACUUUUUGUAUGGUGAGCAUAGUUAUUUCUGCCUACUACUUGUAUAAUGGCUACAAACAGGAAAAUGAACUUCCUGAAACCUCUUCAGAAGUGGAAUGUGGUGAUCCCCAACUGUUGCCAUUCAAGCUGAUGGAGAUGAAGACCACGAAGCCUGUUGAUCCCCUGAGGACAGACCUUGUAGUGCUGGUGUUUGUGGAAAGCCAGUACUCAACAUUAGGCCAAGAUAUCAUAACCAUUCUGGAAUCUAGCAGGUUUCAGUUUCACAUUGAGAUUGCAUCUGGGAAAGGUGACCUCCCAGUGCUUAUAGACAGAAACAAAGGCAAAUACGCUCUCAUAGUAUAUGAAAACAUUCUUAAGUACGUCAAUAUGGACUCCUGGAACAGAGGCCUUCUAGAUAAGUACUGCAUAGAAUAUGGUGUGGGUGUAAUCGGAUUUCACAAAGGCAAUGAGAACAGCUUGCAGAACUUUCAGUUGAAGGGUUUUCCUUUCCAUGUCCACAGCAAUCUGGCUAUUAAGGACUGUUGCAUUAACCCUCAUUCCCCACUGCUCCAUCUGACUAAACCUUCUAAGCUUGAGAAGGGGCCCUUGCUUGGAAAUGACUGGGCCGUUUUCCAGAUUAAUCACACAACUUAUCAACCAGUGAUAUUUGCAAAAAUAAAGACACCAGAAAACCUUUCUCCACCUGCUGCUAUAAAUGCUCUCUAUGCCACGGUAAUUCAUGACUUGGGGCUCCAUGAUGGGAUUCAGCGAGUCCUUUUUGGCAAUAACUUGAAUUUUUGGCUGCACAAGCUGAUUUUCAUAGAUGCCAUCUCUUUCCUCUCUGGAAAGAAGCUCACACUAUCCUUGGAUAGGUUCAUUCUGGUUGACAUAGAUGAUAUCUUCGUUGGCAAGGAUGGAACGAGGAUGAACACCAACGAUGUACAGGCCCUGCUUGAUACUCAGAAUCUUUUGAGAGCCCAGAUUACAAAUUUUACUUUCAACCUGGGAUUUUCAGGAAAAUUUUAUCACACAGGGACUGAGGAGGAGGAUGAGGGCGAUGACCUGCUGCUGAGAUCUGUGGAUGAGUUCUGGUGGUUUCCCCACAUGUGGAGUCACAUGCAGCCACACCUCUUCCACAACGAGUCCUCACUGGUGGAGCAGAUGAUCCUCAACAAAAAAUUUGCCUUAGAACAUGGUAUUCCAACUGACUUGGGCUAUGCAGUGGCUCCACACCACUCAGGAGUCUAUCCAGUACACGUUCAACUUUAUGAUGCCUGGAAAAAGGUCUGGAACAUCAGAGUAACCAGCACAGAAGAAUACCCACAUCUGAAACCUGCAAGGUAUAGACGAGGCUUCAUCCACAAAAACAUCAUGGUGCUUCCUAGGCAAACUUGUGGCUUAUUCACCCACACCAUUUUCUAUAAAGAGUAUCCCGGAGGUCCAAAGGAAUUAGACAAAAGUAUUCAAGGAGGAGAGUUGUUCUUCACAGUGGUUCUCAAUCCAAUCAGCAUCUUCAUGACACACUUGUCCAAUUACGGGAACGACCGCCUGGGCUUGUACACCUUUGUCAAUCUGGCCAACUUCGUGCACACCUGGACAAACCUGAAACUGCAAACCCUUCCCCCCGUCCAGCUGGCUCACAAGUAUUUUGAGCUAUUCCCUGAGCAGAAGGACCCUCUCUGGCAGAACCCCUGUGAUGACAAACGGCACAAAGAUAUCUGGUCUAAGGAAAAAACCUGUGAUCGGUUACCAAAAUUCUUGGUUGUAGGACCCCAGAAAACUGGUACUACAGCCUUGUAUUUGUUCCUGAUCAUGCAUCCUUCCAUCAUUAGUAACUCCCCCAGCCCAAAAACCUUUGAGGAGGUACAGUUCUUUAAUAGAAAUAACUACCACAGGGGGAUUGAUUGGUACAUGGAUUUCUUUCCUACUCCUUCCAAUGUCACCACUGACUUCCUCUUUGAGAAAAGUGCCAACUAUUUCCAUUCUGAGGAAGCUCCCAAGAGAGCUGCUUCCCUCAUCCCCAAGGCCAAGAUCAUCACCAUCCUCAUCGACCCGUCCGACCGCGCCUACUCCUGGUACCAGCAUCAGCGAUCCCACGAAGACCCUGCAGCUCUGAAAUUCAGCUUCUAUCAGGUGAUCACAGCUGGGCCUCGAGCCCCCUCUGAGCUCAGAGCUCUGCAGAAGAGAUGCCUGGCACCUGGAUGGUAUGCUACCCACAUUGAAAGAUGGCUCGCUUACUUCCCACCUUACCAGUUGCUGAUUAUUGAUGGACAGCAGCUGAGAACUGACCCAUCUACCGUAAUGGACGAAGUACAGAAGUUUCUGGGAGUCUCUCCUCAUUAUAAUUACUCUGAAGCCCUAACGUUCGAUUCUCAUAAAGGAUUCUGGUGUCAGCUCUUGGAGGAAGGCAAAACCAAGUGUCUUGGAAAGAGCAAAGGCAGAAAAUACCCUCCUAUGGAUUCUGAGUGCAGGGCCUUUCUGUCGAGCUACUACAGAGAUCACAAUGUGGAACUGUCAAAACUCCUCCACAAACUGGGACAACCCUUGCCAUCGUGGCUGAGACAGGAACUACAGAAAGUGAGAUAGCAUUGGGAAAGAGCUUUUUGAAACCUCCUUCCACCCUUCAGUUGUCAUACCUGAACUUUCCAGUGGCUACCAGAAGGUCUUGUAAGAUAUACCUCUUCAAAAAGUGUAAAGGUUAGAAAUAAUUUCCAUGUGCUGGCAUGUGGAUUGUAAAAAUACAUGUGUUCCUUGGAGCUCUGGUGGGCCAAAUCUUUCUCAUAAACAUUUCUGGGCCUGUGGACUUGUGGACUACUGUGCACAUAUAUGGAAGUUAUUUACAGCUGGUCUAAGGUCAGAGAUACAUGACCUGUCAGAUUUCACGGUAAAUAUUCACAUUUUUGUAUAUCAGUUUUAAAGUAUUGUGUCUCAUUAGGUUUUGUAGCCCUUAGUUGGACCACCGUCAGUUCUUCUUAGGAUUUGGUUAUUGUGUUGCAUAGGAUAAGAUAAUGAAAUGUAGCACAAAAUGCCCAGAGUACUUCUGCCUUUGGAAUCAGCUUGCUAAUGCCCAAAGUGUGUGCAAACACUGGGGAGCAGUACAGUUAUCACCUGUCAUUUAGCUGGGCAUGGCAACAAAUGCACCCAGCAACAUCUGCAAUCCACAGGUGUAGAAAGAAAACCACAAAGAAGCCAAAACAGAACCUGUGAUUAUAUCUGGUAACAACAAACCUUCACAGUGUGGGAAGGGCCUUUGUCUGUAGUUGAAAUGUCUGAUUUUGUACUGACUGAGGUGUGAAUUAACUGAGCAGAGAUUUGUUUGGAUAUGUGAAGCACACCAGUUGCAGUAUUAGACUUAAACACUUGUGACCCAGACUGGAGCAGUGCAGGGAAGAGGCUUUCAUCCCUGGUUCUGUGAGCAGCCACAUCCAAGCACUGCACUCUGGGCUUACAUUGCUCUGAGUCAGGAGUGAGUCCACUGAAAUGAAUUAAAAACUCCUAAAAAGCAGCAAAAGAUCCUUACUUUAAUUGCCUUAAUUUGCACCACUAUUUUUCCUUAAUUUAUUUGCCUUGAAACUAUGCUUUUUCCCCCUCAGUCUCAUCAAAACUGUAGCAUCUUUCUGCAAACUUCAGAUGACAUCAGCCGUAAAAAUUACCAGAUUUCCAGAUGAAAAUAGCAGUUCUGUUCCCAGAUACAUUAAACAUGUUUGGUAUUAAAUAUCAGGAAUAAGCUUUAGAGGGGACAAAAAUAAAUACAGUGUGUAGUCGUGGUAGAAAAUUACACUCAAAUCAUGGGAAAACACAAAUAUCCACCCUUGCAGGCAGAUAUUCGUGAUAGUUCUCAACAAUACAUCUCUCAGUGCAUCAGUUUAGAUGUGGGAUAAAGUCUAAUCAAUAGUGCUUGGAAGUUGAGGAAGAUCAUUGGAAGCUUCAGUGUAGCCUUAAUGCUCCUCACAGAACUUUGCCUCUGAGUGUUUCUAAAGGCAUGAAGGAUUAGUGAAAACAAAAAAGAACCACAGUACUAAAUGCAAGGCUUUAUUCAGGAGCUCUGUAAUGUUUUCAUCAUUUGUUUCAGGGUGAAUAUUUUAAAACAUACAUCAGAUGGUGGGAAAACUUCCUAUGUCUCAGUGCUGUUUUACGACAUUUAUGUAAUCAUGCAAUUGAACUUUCAAGGUAAUGGAAUGGAAACUAGUCUGUUAUUCCCUAAAUAGAAAACAGAUGUUGAGAUCCUUACUGUUCCUCUAACUGGUAAUCUUUAUUAUUUAUUGAUUUUGUCUAUGUAAUAUGUGGUUUUGAUAGGCCUGUAAAGAAAAAUAUCUAGACAGAUUUGCUGUAUAUAACAAUAUUCUUUACGCAGCACAUUUUUGCUAAGGGAAUAUGCAUGAUUAAGGAUGAGGACCUACUAGAGUAGACAUUUUUUAAGAUGAACAUUUCUAUUAUUUAUUAGAAUGAGAAUUUCAUUUCACUUUAAAUAUUCAGUCAAAUGGAUUUGUCUCAAAAGCUGACUUGUCUUAAAGUACUUCUUAUUUGAUAAAAGAAACACUCUGGUCUCUGAACAUCUGUAAAAGCAAAUACUCUGCAUGCUACGGACUGCUCGUGCAUCCUGCAAGCAUCCAUAUAGAUUUGUUACAGUUAAAUUGAAUAACUGGAGAAAAUACCUGGGGUUUUCAUCCUGUCAUGAUUGAUUUUACUCUUGAUACAACCUGGUGUAACAUCAUUCAAAUGUUUUAAAAAUGCAGGGAUUGCACAAAGCUCCUGUUGUGCAUUGCUGCCCCAGUUCUCCGUGUUCUUCAGUGAAACAGUGUUAUAAAAUCGAGGAAAAUGGGAAAAACCUUGGGCAGUGUGAAGUGCCUGAUGUUUUCAGGGUGAGAACACAGAAUGAGUACCUCCUACAUGCAGGAGGAAUGGCCUUCAGUAUCAUUCCUAGUUCAUUCUUUGUUUUAAAGAAUUCCCUCUCUGUCUUCUUGCCCUGGGAAUGCAAGGCCCUGACAGAUUGAGAAUGAGUGGGCAGUCAAGGACAGAGGGGUGACAUUGGUCACAUUGUCCCCUGGGGAAUUUUACAGCCCAUCUGUGGUCACCAUGAGGCACUGGGACAAUAAAUCCUCCACAUGCACGGCCUCGGCCUUGGGUGGAUUGUUAGCUGUUUGUAAAAGGAUGGUAUGAAGCCGUGGGGGGUUUUAUUCCAGAACUGUUCUAUUGAAAUGUGUUCUUACAUUUAACAGGAGCCUUUAAAAAGCACUUGUAACACACAGCCAACUUGGUGAAGGAGGAGGAGGCUGGGCACAGCGUGCAGACAGCAGCUGGGUGUGUGUCAGGGGAUGCACCUGAGUACAGGGCAGUGACCAAGUCAUGCCCCACGAGUUACCUGACAGAGUGUAACCUCUUCUGUUCACAGCUUACCUGCAGUCAGUGUUUGAUUUCCAAAAGUACACCAUCAGUAUUAAUACUCUUAAAAAGCAGGUUUGUUACAACAAAUCUGUUUGCUAGUCCAAGCCAGAUGUUUCCUUGUGGCUGGUAAGACAGCCAUGGUUCCUGUUCCCCCGGUAGGUAACUGCACAAGCAAUUUCUUUAACAACUGCUUGGUUUGGGGAGUUUCAUCUUCAUUUUCAUAAACAUGAUUCUGACAUUUGCUUUAUCUGGACAUCAGUGCCAUUAAAAAACCAUGUGUGGUUCUGAGCAGCUACUGACCAUUUAGGGGUGUCAACACAGAGCCUGAUCAGAAAUCACUAAUUAUUUGAGCUAACAUUCCUGAGAAUACUGUGACAUUUUCCCAGUUUUACUUGUGCAGAAGGAAUGAGUUUGGAUGAUUUGCAGACUAUCUUGUACAGAAUAUCCUUUUUCAUUGCUUAAAAAUGUGAAACUUCCUCAGGAAGAAAUUAAAUAGAUAUUUCAAUGUUUAUAGAUGUAAUACUCUUGUCAUUCACAUUGAAUGAAAAUUGCUGGAAACAUUUUUCUCCGAGUUUUUUUUAAAUAAAAAAUAGAUAUUAUUCUGAUAGUGGCAUGGUAUUUGAAGUGCAACAAUAAACUCUGAUAAGAAAAUGUA